AUGAGAAUCUUUCAGUGCGCUGUCAUGGGCUCGGGAGGAGUAGGAAAGAGCGCUUGUACAGUCCGGUUUAUCAAUGGCUCGUAUCUAGAGUGGUAUGACCCUACCAUCGAAGACUCGUACAGAAAGCAAUUUACAGUCGACAACCAGCCUUGCCUGCUAGAGAUCCUGGAUACAGCCGGCAUCGACCAAUACUUGACGCUUAAUGAUCUUUUCAUCCGUGAAUCAGAAGGUUUCGUCCUCGUCUUUUCAAUAACCCAACGCGAUACAUUUGAAGAAGUCAUACGUACUCGAGAAAGUAUCUCCCGCAUCAAAUUACCUUCAGAAACGGGGACCAAAGUAUCCAUGGUCAUUGUCGGAAAUAAAUGCGAUCUGGAGGACGAGCGACAAGUGUCAACAGCAGAAGGAGAGAAACUGGCAGAAUCAUGGGACUGUAAAUACUUUGAAGCUUCUGCACGUACUUCUAGCAACAUCGCCCCAGUAUUUGAAGAGAUAGUCCGAGUCAUGAGGCGUAAUACAAGACCAAAGCAGCGCGAGUUGAGAGCGAAAAGAGGAGGAAAGAAGUGUGUCAUACUCUGA